AUGGGUGGCACUCGUCUAGAAGCUCCCUCUCCCCAUACGAAUCCCUGUUCUACCAUCGAAAAGUGGACGAGUUCCAGUUCCAACAACCAAGGGGUUGUGACACCAGCCCAGAACCCAUGGCAUGCUGAAGCCAUUCAAGGAUACGCAUUCAGUCCGUCGCACUCGCCUACGGGGCCAAUGCCUGCGGAGGUCCCCCGUCUGUUCCCCUCCUACAAUGACGACUGGUCCUCAUCUUUGGCAACGUCUGGUUCGGGUCAAUUCAAACCAGGGCUACGACGCCUGAACGAGCCUAAGAAUUGUCCAGACUGGACGUGGGACUCAGAGGGAAGCGCUUCGUGUGAUGCACGGCACGACCCCUCCUACGCUUCUGUGCCAGCAUCGGGGGCUCAUCACCACUUCUCCGACGGUACCAAACCAACUUAUCCGGCAACGAACCCAAUUGCACCAUCUUCAGCUAGUCCUUCUCCAUCGUACCCUCUUUCAAGACAGGGUACUCACAGUUCCACGACACUUACACCCGCGAUGGGCUGCGAUGAUAGACGGUCGAGCUCCGACGACACCGAAGAGGAUAGCAACGGGGAUCCUCCAUACUCUCUCCUCAUCUACCGAGCCCUGAUCUCUGCUCCUGGCAUGAAAUUACCACUCCAGGGGAUCUACAGCUGGUUUGAGAAAAACACUGCCAAAGGGAAAGAUCGCAACUCGAAGGGGUGGCAAAACAGUAUCCGUCACAACCUAUCAAUGAAUGCGGGAUUUGAGGCUGUCCGAGAGGAAUCCACCCCGGGCAAAAAAGCAGUCAAUUUUUGGCGCCUGACGGACGAGGCCGUGGAAAAGGGUAUCCAGUCUACGACUCGUUAUAGGAAACAGGCCAACUACAAGAAAGCGCUCGGUUCAGAAGCCCCAGCCCCUCAGCGCCAACGAUCCGGGGCUAAGGGGGGCAAGGCGGCCAAGUUCACGGCCAAAUUUCGAGGGAAUCUAAGCCAUGAGGACCUUCGAAAGGAGCGUUACCGUCAACGACUGUCAUGCCAGCGACGACCACCCAAGGACGUUUACGGCCAGUACCGGCACACAUCCUCAAUGACAACUCCCGCCAUGUACCAUGUGCCCGCUGGAUCGGCGACGCCGCUGACUCGCACGCCGGAUGGAUCCUUUGAUUUGGGCAGCGUCGUUGGCUGUGCUGACCCUCCCUGCACUCCUAUCUUCUGUGACAUGGCGGGGUCGGGACCGGACUGUCUAGCGUUGGAUACAGGGUUCUUGGGAUGGAACGGAAUCCAACCAUUUCCUCCACAAGGGGUGGUGAAAGGCCCCGAAAUCGCAUCGGAAGUCCAUUUCGGGGUGUAG